AUGGAAGGGGAAAUAGCCCAAAGCUCUAAAAGAAGUGAAAGCGCUGAAAACAAGCUUAAAACAGACUUUCAAGAUAUAGAAAAAAUUACAGAGAAUCCAAAUUUUCAAAAAACUUUGAAAAUUCUAAAAAAUCUAAAGGACAGCAACGACAAAAAAUAUGAAAGACAGGAAACGGCUAUAGAUGAUCUAAAAAAGCUAAAAAMUAAAGAUAGUUAUCAUUCGAGUUCUCGUAAAUUUCUAACAUAUCUGGAAGGUCAAGAUGCUGGAGAUGGUCGGAAUAAAAAUGAAAUAAAAAUAUCUAAAGAGUUUUUUGAGAUUCUGGUAAACUUAAGAUGCCAGGAUUUUUAUAUUCUUGAAGAUUUUAUAAUUCGCUCCAAUUGUCUAACCGAUCAUGUGAGAAAAGAGCGUGAAAAAGCUCUAGAAACGCUGCAAAAUAUAAUCCUUGAAAUAUCUCCAGAAUAUUUAUCACCUCAACCGCAGAAAAAAAAGCGAAAAUUAAGUAAGGCCAGUGAUAAACCAUCAGAAGUAUUAAAGCAGCAGAAUGCUCCUAUCUAA